GUUAGCUAAGAAAUCAGGGAUGAAGCUACUUUUUGUAGCUGCCUUUGCACUCUUUGUGCUCGCUACAUUUGACAAGGCUGAUUCUUCAGCUUAUGACAAAAUAGUUGCCCACAGUCGCAUCAGGGCAAGAAAAGAAGGUCCCAAUGUGUGCGCCCUCCAGCAAGUCAUGGGUACCAGGAAGAAGUACUUCAGCACUUGUCGUAAUUGGUACCAAGGGUCCAUCUGUGGAAAGAAAGCGACUGUGAUUUAUGAGUGCUGUCCAGGGUACAUGAAGAUGGAGGGCAUGCCUGGUUGCCCUGCAGUGGCCCCAAUUGACCAUGUAUAUGGCACCUUGGGUCUGGUAAAAGCCACCUCAACGCAAGGAUACUCUGAUAGUUCUAAGCUGAGGUCCCAAAUUGAGGGACCUGGAUCCUUCACCUUCUUUGCCCCCAGCAAUGAGGCCUGGGAGGAUUUGCCUCAGGAUGUGAGGAGUGCAUUGCUCAGCAAUGUCAACAUUGAACUGUACAAUGCUCUGCAUUAUCACAUGGCCAACAAACGCCUCAUGACCAAAGAUUUAAAGAAUGGAAUGGUGAUCACCUCCAUGUACCAUGACCUGGAUCUCUAUAUUAACCAUUACCCCAAUGGGGUGGUGACUGUGAACUGUGCCAGGAUUAUCUAUGGUAACCAGGUUGCCACCAAUGGAGUUGUGCAUGUCAUUGACAAUGUCAUCAGACCUGUUGGACACACCAUCAAGGAAGUCCUUGAUACUAAUGACGACCUGUCAACUCUGUUGGAUCUUGCUGAAAAUACUGGACUGUUGGAGAAGUUGGGUGAGAAAGGACAUUACACUCUCUUUGCCCCCACCAACGAAGCCUUUGAGAGUCUGGGCAGUGAUGCAUUGCAGAGAAUUAAGCGCGACAAAGAGGUCCUCAAAGCUCUUCUGAAUUUCCACCUCCUGGAUUCAGUGCAGUGCUCUGAGGCCAUUAUGACUGGCAGCUCUUAUGAAACCCUGGAGGGCAACAACAUUGAGAUUGGUUGUGAUGGUGAAAGUUUAACAGUCAAUGGCAUCAAAAUGGUGCGCAAGAAGGACAUUUUCACCGCCAAUGGUGUCAUCCACCUUAUUGACAAAGUGCUUGUGCCAGAUUCAGCUAAACAGGUGAUGGAACUGCUGGGAGACUCUCAGUCAACCUUUGCUGAUUUGGUGUCUGAGCUGGGCGUCUCUGCAGCCAUGAAAAAAGAUGCUGAGUACACUUUGCUGGCACCCGUCAACACUGCCUUCAAUGAUGAGGUGAUGGCCACGGAUGAGCGUGUGCUCAGGAUCAUCCUGCGGAAUCAUAUCCUGAAGAAUAAGUAUAUCCUGGGAAAGCUGUUCAAUGGCCAGCAGCUGGAGACAAUUGGAGGAAAACUAUUGAGGGUUUUCAUCUAUCGAUCAGCUGUGUGCAUUGAAAAUUCCUGUCUGAUAAGGGGCAGUAAAGAAGGAAGCAACGGGGCUCUUCAUUUAACGAGGACUCUGGUGAAACCAGCGGAAAAAAACAUGUUUGACAUACUGAAAGAAAAUGGAGGGUUCAAGAUCUUUUUGUCUCUGGUGGAAGAUGCUGACUUGACUGACCUGCUGAAACAGGAGGGAAACUUUACUAUGUUCGCCCCAAGCGAUAAGGCCUUUGCUGGUUUGACCGAUAGUGAUUUGGCCUUGUUGAAGUCGGACAAAAAUGCUCUCAGAACCAUUCUUCUGUAUCACAUCAAUUAUGGCAUCAUCAUUGGUGGUGGUUUGGAGUCUGGGGUGACAAACCUUCUCAAGUCUCUCCAGGGCAGUAACCUCAGAGUGAUAUCUGUAAACAACACCAUGAGAGUGAAUUCUGUUCCAGUACAUCAAUCUGACAUCAUGGCCACAAAUGGAGUCGUUCAUUUUGUCAACAAUAUCUUGUAUCCUGGAGAUAUACCUGUUGGACGCCAAGAUCUCUCCAUGCUAUUGAAGAGGCUCAUCACUUACACGCAAAUCAAGUACAUUCCAGGAGUCAUAUAUAAGGAAAUUCCCCUUACAUUUAUGAAGAGGACCAUCACUCGUCUCAUCCCGGAAGCUCCUGAGGUGACCAGAGUGACAAGGGUCAUUGAGACUGAGCCUACCAUCAGAAAGGUGACCAGAGUCAUUGGGGGUGAUACCUCUCAAACCCAAGUCACCAGGGUUGUCUCAGGAACUGACCUUUCAGGAGUCGAGACAAUUGAAGCAGAUGCUGGUAUUGACCCUGAAAUACUUGCAAGACAGAUUGAGAGAGGAAUUGGAGGACAAGGUGCCUCUCGCCGAAGAACUUAGCCAUCAGGAGACUGAGCAUGGAUGGAUGACAAUAUCGAUGUUGUAAAAGCAGAGACACCAAAUCCAGAGACUGAAAGCAGUUUUAAUACAGAUGACACACUUAAAAUGUCAGUGAUUUUAAAUAUACUGUGAUAAGUAUAACUGACAGAAAUAAAACUAUUCUAAUAAACAAUUUAAUGUUGCUUUGAAUGUAUAUGUAAUAAGAGUGAGCAAUGUCUGAAA